AUGAAAAACACACUCUGCUUAUUACUGAUACUGCUCACCUUCAGCAGUGUAAAAUGCCAGACUCUUGAGUCCAUUCCCUCUAAUUCUGUUCUAAAACAACCUGGAGAAACUCUGAGUCUCUCCUGUAGAGGAUCUGGAUUUAACUUUGGGAGCUAUGGCAUGCACUGGAUCAGACAGCAGACUGGGAAAGCACUGGAGCACAUUGGAGCAAUCUGGUAUGAUGCCAGUCGAACUGUAUAUGACAAACCUGUCGAGGGACGUAUGGAAAUUACCAGAGAAAACUCCAAUAAUGUGGUGUAUCUGAAGCUGACUGGUUUAACUGAUCAGGAUUCAGCUGUGUAUUACUGUGUCCAGAGGGUGCAAAGGUGCUACUUUGACUACUGGGGAAAAGGAACUCAAGUGACUGUUUCAUCAGAGUCUCAGACUAAGCCCUCAGUUCCCUUCAUUGUAUCCCAGUGCGGACCUUCAACAGACGGGCUUCUGACAUUCGGCUGCGUCACUAGUGGUUUCUUUCCUUCUGAAUCGCUGGAGAUCGAGUGGACUCUUGGUUACGGCAAUGUACAUAAUAAGGUGCAUUUCCCGGCUGUGAAGUUGCAAAGUAAUUCGUUCACAGCGGUGAGCCAGGUGCAGAUCAGUGCCACAGACUGGACUAAGAACUCCCUGACCUGCACUGUGAAGCAUCCUGCCGGCUCAGCAACAGCAACAGUGAAGGGGGACUCUCCACCAGUCAUCCACGUGGGUGAAGUUGGUCAAUCUAUUAUGUGUGUAAUUGAGGACUUCUCCCCCAAAAAGCUCAGCGUUAAGUGGAAAGAAGACAACCGGGAAGUCAAAGGCAUUGACUGGGAAACUAUUAAAAGUCCUACAGGCGCUUUCAAAGCUGUCAGUUUGCUUCAAACCAACCAAACAAGCAUGGACACCAAAUACACCUGUGAAGUCACACAUGCAGGUUCCCUAUAUAAAGAGCAACUAUCAUCUAAAGCUAAGUUCUCUCUAAAGAUCAACCCACCAUCAGUAAAGGAUCUUUUUGUACAGAAUAAAGCAAUAAUCACCUGUGUCAUAACUGGUGAUAAUAAAAAAGAAGUAGAAGCAGCAAACGUGUCGUGGACAUUUGGAGGACAACCACGCACAAGUACUGCAACAGAUAAUGUUAAAGAGACGACACCACCAUUUACUAAAACCAGUACAUUAUCCCUCAGUGAAUCUGAAUGGUUUUCAGAGAAAGAAGUAAAGUGCUCUACUGAAAGAGAUAAAACACCAUUCUCAGAGAAAAUUAAAGUGAAGAAAGGAGGUGAACGCCCUUCUGUUCUCUUCUACAAACCUGAGAAUGAUGUCAGAGACACUGAUAAAGUCUCUCUGUUGUGUGAGGUCAGCAGUUCUGAUCUGGGGGAUGUGUACAUCAUGUGGCAAAAGAAUAAGGAUCCAUACAUGGAAGACAAAAGCAAAGUUUACAUCAACAACAAUACUGUCCUCAGCUACUUAACUGUGUCUGGAAAGGAAUACAACAAUAAGAACAAUAAGUUCACUUGUGCCGCCAAGGAUGCCAACAUGGAGAAUGACACCAACCCGAGGAAAAACUCAACAUCCAAAAGAGAGAUUCCAGCACCAGAUCCAGGAUUGUAUAUAAACUGUGAUAAAGACUCUUCAGGGGAAGAUGAUUACAACAGUUUGUGGUCCACCGCCUCGUCCUUCAUCUUCCUCUUCCUCUUCACCAUCGUCUACAGCACUGUCCUCAGCCUCUCCAAGGUUAGAAAAUAUAAAAUAAUGAAGAAGUGA